CUUUAAUAUAGUAUACUAUAAUUAAAAACUAAUUAAACUAUAUAUAUUAUAUAUUAGUAAGUGGUCCGCAUGGUUAAGCGCAAUUACUCCAGGGCUUUGAACCUCAACGGUGUAUCUGCCAAAAUGUGCAAAUUUGUCGCAGUCAGCCCAUUGUGAACGCAAAAUCCACAUGUUAAAUAUUGUAUUAGUAAUCGAACAACAGAGUCAAAGUCAAAGACAUUGUAGUUAAAUAUCUUAUAAAUAGGCUGUAGUUGUUGUAGAAUUUGUUUAAGUAAAAAGUAGAAAGUAGUAUAACAAAAAAUUAUAAUGACAGUUCCAAAGCCUUUAAAAGAUACUAAAUUAUUCAAACCUAUUAAAGUGGGUAAAUACGAAUUAGAUCAUAGAAUCGUAUUCGCACCAACCACAAGAUAUAGAGCUCAAGAUGAUCACACACCAUCUGAUUUAGAAUAUCAAUAUUAUGGUGAUAGAUCACAAUAUCCUGGAUCUUUAAUAACUACUGAAGCAACUUUUACUUCAGCUCAAGCAGGUGGUGAAGCAAAUGUUCCAGGUAUUUUUACUGAAAAACAUGUUGAAGGAUGGAAAAAGAUUAAUGAUAAGAUCCAUGCUAAUAAAUCUUUCUCAGCAAUUCAAUUAUGGUAUCAAGGAAGAGUUGCUGACCCUAAGAUUCUUAAACAAGAAGGGUUAGAUUAUGUGGCUCCAUCACCAGUUUAUUAUACUGAAGAAUCCAAACAAGCAGCUAAGGAAUCAGGAAAUCCAUUACGUGCUUUAACUGAAGAAGAAAUUUAUGAUAUAAUUCAUGUACAAUAUCCCAAAGCAGCUAGAAAUGCUCUUGCUGCUGGAUUUGAUUAUGUUGAAGUUCAUUCUGCUCAUGGAUAUAUGUUAGAUCAAUUCCUUCAACCAUCAACCAAUCAAAGAAGUGAUAAAUAUGGUGGAUCCGUUGAAAAUAGAGCAAGAAUCGUAUUAGAAAUUAUUGAUGAGUUAAUUCCAAUUGUUGGAGCUGAUAGAUUGGCAAUUAGACUUUCACCAUGGGCUAAGUUCCAAAAUAUGUUGGCUGAAGAAGAUACUGUUCAUCCUAUUACUACUUUUAGUUAUGUUUUACAUGAAUUACAAAAGAGAGCUGAUGCAGGUAAUAAAUUAGCUUACGUCUCUCUUGUAGAACCUCGUGUUCAAGCUAGUCAUGAUGUGGCUAAGGACAAACAAGUUGGAGAUAAUUCAUUUGCUUCAUACAUCUGGAAGGGAACAUUCAUUCGUGCUGGUAGUUAUACAUAUGAUGCUCCAGAGUUUGAGACUUUAUUAAAGGAUAUUGAUGAUGAUCGUACCUUGGUAGGAUUUUCAAGAUAUUACAUUUCCAACCCAGAUCUUGUUAAAAGAUUAAGAGAUGGUUUAGAGUUAACUCCAUAUGAAAGAGCUACUUUCUAUAAUUUUGAUAAUUGGGGAUACAAUACUUGGAACAAUUAUGGCGAAGAUAAGAAGUUUGAUAAGGAAAAGGAAAGCACAAUCUUUCCAAAGGAAAUUAGCAAGGUCUCUACUUAAGAAUUUUAAAGUUUUAUAGAUUUAGAUAGUUAACAUAUUUUUAAUUCUAUAUAGAGAAUUUUGUUAUAACAUAUGUAUAUAAUUAAAUUAAAGGAAGAUAAAUU